AUAACAGAGACCGAUUACCAAGCCAAAACUAGACCAAAAACCAACCAAAAGACAACACAUCUCUAAUCUUACAUUUUAUCUUCUGAUUCACAAAUACAAACAGAAUCCAAUUCCUUAAUUUCUCUUUAAAUCCCAAAUUCAUAUAAUGUGACUGGAUCUACCUGAUUCUUUUUCUGCUACUGAAUUAGUUCUUCAAGUUUGUUACCAGGGUUUGUAAUGCAACCAGUUGAAGAGAGCAAGAAUUUCAAGAGACUAAGAUCAUUCAAUAACGACAUGCCUGUGACUGACACUGACAAUACUACCCCUGAUGACUGUACACAUUUUCCAAUUGAGGAAAUUGUACAGUCACCAUUACCUGGAUAUGGUGCACCAACUUCAAUAGGUUUCAGCCCUGAUGAUUCUGUUAUAACUUACUUGUUUAGUCCGGAUGAUUCUUUGAAUAGAAAGGUGUUUGCUUUUGAUCUCAAGACUUGUAAGCAAGAACUGUUUUUUAGUCCUCCUGAUGGUGGGCUUGAUGAGAGCAAUAUCUCGCCCGAGGAGAAGCUGCGAAGGGAAAGGGCGAGGGAGCGCGGAUUGGGGGUGACGCGGUAUGAAUGGGUGAAGACAAGUACGGAAAGGAAAGCCAUUAUGGUGCCAUUGCCUGCUGGGAUAUAUUUCCAGGAACUUUCCUCGUCAAAACCAGAGCUCAAGCUUUCUAGCUUACCAUUUUCACCAAUUAUAGAUCCGCAUCUAUCUCCUGACGGUACUUUGCUUGCUUAUGUAAAGGAUAGCGAGUUGCAUGUUCUAAAUCUCUUAUGCAAUGAAUCAAAACAACUAACUUUUGGUGCCCAGGGGAGUACUGUGACUCAUGGCUUUGCUGAAUAUAUAGCUCAGGAGGAAAUGGAUAGGAAGAACGGCUACUGGUGGUCACUCGACAGCAAAUUAAUCGCUUUCACACAAGUUGAUUCAUCGGGAAUACCUCUUUUUAGAAUAAUGCACCAAGGUAAAAGCUUCGUUGGAGCAGACGCACAGGAAGACCACGCCUAUCCAUUUGCAGGAGCUUCAAAUGUCAAAGUUCGCCUUGGGGUAAUUUCUGUUGCCGGUGGUCCCAUCACUUGGUUGGAUCUUGUAUGCGGAGGAACAGAAGAUCUAGAUAAUGAGGAUGAAUAUUUGGCCAGAGUCAAUUGGAUGCAUGGAGAUAUUCUCACGGCACAGGUUUUGAACAGGUCCCACUGCAAACUAAAGAUCAUCGGAUUUGAUAUUAAGACGGGGCAGAGAAAGGUCAUGUUGGUUGAAGAACAAAAUACAUGGGUUAAUUUACACGAUUGCUUCACUCCAUUGGAUAAAAGUGUCACCAAAUUCUCGGGCGGGUUUAUUUGGGCUAGUGAGAGAACAGGAUUUAGACAUUUGUAUCUCCAUGAUGCAAAUGGCACUUGCUUGGGUUCCAUCACCGAAGGCGAAUGGAUGGUUGAGCAAAUUGCUGGUGUAAAUGAAGCUGCGGGGCUUGUAUAUUUUACUGCCACCCUUGAUGGACCUUUAGAAACUAACCUUUACUGCACUAAACUAUAUCCGGACGGCAGCAAAACAUUUGUGGGCCCAGCGAGAUUAACACAUGGUAAGGGGAAACAUGUGGUCGUAAUUGAUCACCACAUGCGUAAUUUUGUUGAUAUCCAUGAUUCCCUUGACUUUCCGCCUAGGGUUUUACUUUGCUCCUUGCAUGAUGGAAGUGUAGUUAUGCCUCUAUAUGAACAGCCAUUCAACAUUCCACGAUUUAAAAGGCUUGAACUUGAGCCUCCGGAGAUAGUUCAGGUUCAGGCAACUGAUGGGACCAUACUCUAUGGUGCUAUAUAUAAGCCUGAUACAACAAAAUUUGGACCGCCACCGUACAAAACCUUGAUCAGCGUGUAUGGUGGCCCUUGUGUACAAUAUGUCUCUGAUUCUUGGUUAAAUACAGUUGACAUGAGAGCUCAAUAUCUACGAAGCAAAGGCGUUCUAGUAUGGAAGUUGGAUAAUAGAGGAACUGCACGACGAGGACUGAAGUUUGAAGGUUGUCUCAAGUAUAAUGCUGGUGGUAUUGAUGCAGAUGAUCAGCUUACAGGAGCUGAAUGGCUAAUAAAACAGGGGCUGGCAAAAGUCGGUCACAUCGGGGUGUAUGGAUGGAGCUACGGUGGGUAUAUGUCAGCUAUGAUACUGGCCAGAUUUCCCGACGUGUUUUGCUGUGCUGUCUCUGGUGCUCCUGUCACCUCAUGGGAUGGUUACGACACUUUUUAUACGGAGAAGUACAUGGGAUUGCCUUGCCGGAAUCCUUCCCGGUAUGAGCAAAGCUCAGUGAUGCACCAUGUGCAGAAUUUAAAAGGUAGGUUAUUAUUAGUGCAUGGCAUGAUCGAUGAAAAUGUGCAUUUUAGACACACAGCACGGCUUGUUAAUGCACUAGUAGCAGCUCGAAAAUCAUACGAGCUCCUAAUUUUUCCCAAUGAGCGUCAUAUGCCGCGGCAACAUAGCGACCGGGUUUACAUGGAAGAACGAAUUUGGGAAUUUGUAGAGCGGAAUUUAUGAAUUAUGAAGUAAAUAAAUAUUGAUAGUCGGUUUGAGCUGUUCGGAAUGAGGACUUAGUGCCAUGCUACAAUUAUAGAGAAGCUAUUUUGAAUCUCUUUAAAUUUGUUUUGGGAAAAAAGUUACUUAUAGAGUAUAAAAAGAUAGGUAAGUUCACAUAAUAAUUUGCCAUGUAAUAGUUUCUGUCAUGGGUUCUCAAUUAAGCCACAAGUUUCUUUUCAAA